AUGUUCAGGUAUUGUGUCAAAACUUUCAUCGGACACACGGAAUGGAUUCGCUCCGUCCGACCCUCCCCGGAUGGCACAUUGUUGGCCAGUUGUUCGAACGACCACACCAUUCGUAUCUGGUCUGUGGAAACUCGUGAAUGUGUCAUGGUAUUGCGCGGACACGAACACGUGGUUGAAUGCAUCGUUUGGGUCACGCACCCGAACACGGUGAUGGCUAUUACCAAUCCGAACACAAACGAGGAAGCAAACACCAAUCACAGCGGUACAGAUUCGAUCGAUCUAAAUCCUGAACGGAUCCAGAAUGGAAUGCCUACAGAGGCUGAAGCACUAUCCAAGCCAGUUAAUGCCUCAUUGUACCUAGCUUCUGGCUCUCGGGAUCGCACGAUUCGAUUGUGGGAUGCGUCUACGGGGCUCUGUCUGUUCGUCUUGAUUGGACACGAUAACUGGGUGCGUCAACUGGUUUUCCAUCCGCAAGGAAAGCUACUACUCUCAGCUGCUGACGACAAAACUGUUCGUGUGUGGGAUCUGAAGAACCGACGCUGCCAAAAAACGCUCGACGCACAUUCGCAUUUCGUCACCACUAUAGUGUGGAUCAAACAAUUCGCAUAUGGGAUUGUCGAUAAGUCUUCACCAUCCAUUGAUGUGACUCGGGGUUUCUUGGACCGUGGGGAGUAUUAA